UGAUCUCAAUUCGGUUUUAGCCACAUCGCUUAGAGUGUACUCCCAAAAGUUCUCACUACCGGAGGCGUGGUGAUUGCUUAGCAUAAGAAGCCGAUGGAUGAGCACCGUGAACGCACAGCUGCGUGGACCAAACCUCUGCAAUGCAUCGUCAAGCUCGGGGGUGCGGCAAUUACCUGUAAAAAUGAGUUAGAGACAAUCAAUGAGGACAACCUUAACACAGUUUCAUCACAACUAAGGGAAGCGAUGAUUUUGGGGCCUUGCCAUGGGAUGGAUUGGAGCAGAAGGCCUGGAUCCUUGGAAAACCCGACUGUUCCUGAUGACUUUGAUGAUCAGCUGGAAUCAGACUCCAAAAAUUUUAUAGUUGUUCAUGGUGCAGGUUCUUUUGGUCACUUUCAAGCAAGCAAGUCAGGUGUUCAUAAGGGUGGAUUGAGCAAACCUCUUGUCAAGUCUGGUUUUGUAGCUACACGGAUAUCUGUCACAUCCCUCAAUCUUGAAAUUGUUAGAGCUCUUGCAAAAGAGGGUAUCCCUUCUAUUGGAAUGUCUCCAUUUUCAUGUGGCUGGUCAACUUGUGAAAGAAAUAUAGCUAUUGCAGACAUCUCAACCGUGGUUAAAGCUAUAGGCACCGGAUUUGUACCUGUUCUGCAUGGAGAUGCCGUACUGGAUAGUUCACUGGGUUGCACUAUAUUAAGUGGAGACGUAAUCAUUCGUCAUCUGGCAGAACAAUUAAGACCCAAAUAUGUUGUUUUUCUUACAGAUGUUUUGGGGGUAUAUGACCGCCCACCAUCAGAACCUGAUGCCACGCUUCUUAGGGAAAUUGCUGUGCAUGAAGAUGGGAGCUGGUCUGUCAUAAAACCUAAAUUACAAGACACGAGCAAGCAAGUUGAGAUAACCGUAGCAGCUCACGACACGACUGGUGGCAUGAUCACCAAAAUAUCAGAAGCUGCUGUGAUUGCUAAAUUAGGGAUUGAUGUCUAUAUUGUGAAGGCAACAACCAAACACUCUGUGCGGGCUUUGAAAGGGCAACUGAAAGAAAAUAUACCUGAUGACUGGCUCGGAACCGUCAUUCGGCUUGCCAAAUAGAAUAGGCAGCAACCUCCAUUAAGGAAAGACAAAACAAAGAUGUGUAAACUCCAGCAAUCCUAUACUUCUGCCAUUGAGAUAUCAGGUAAAUUAUGUCGUGUCUUUACCAAUUUUUAACUAAUGACUGUUCUACCCCUUCGUGUUACUUGUCCCAUUGCUGUCGUAACUCCAGACUUCAUCAAAUUCAGAAGUGGCACGUGAAAACACUGAGAUGUACUCAAUUACCAUUGGUCUCCAAUUGAUGGAACCCACGAUCCAUGUUAGAGGCAAAAUUGCAAAAGUAGUCCCGUAGUUUAGGAUUUAUUCAAACUUAACCCCAUGUUUUUUGAGAUUUUAAAAUUAGUCUCAUAUUCCGUUGAAAUUAAAAAAUUAGUA